AUGGAAUCGGUACGCAAGGCAAAUCAACGUUUACGCAAUUAUCCUGUGCUGCUUGCCAAGUGUUCCGACAAGGCUACAGCGUAUGCUGUCUGUGUCACACGAGAUUUAAAUGUCCAGCAUAAGAUUUGUGAGACCGAGUUUAAGGAAUUUAUGAACUGCAUACGCAAGUCGGCAAUGGAAUUAAAAACCAAAUUAUAAAUGAAAACCGAUACAAGCAAA